UGUAUUUAUGUAUAAACAGAUGUGGUCUGCCUCUCAUCCCUCCAAACCCAAAUCCCUAAUUUCUCAGACUUUUACUUUUCAUCAAAUUGCUAAGAUCUUAAGUGGAGACGUUUUUGGCCUUUUAGAUUUUCCUAGGUAAUUGGCUAUGGGUGUGGUUAACCGUAACAAAAAUCACCAGCAGUUAUCAACUAAACAAACCUCUCAUUCCCGAAGCCAGAAGGUUUCACUAGCAAACAUUCCGGGGUUGUUUGGUAAAGGUUUCGAGAGAGUUUUUUUUUUUGGCAAUAAGUGGAAAGAGAUUGAAAGAGAUGAGAGUAAUAGUGAAAGAAAACUUAUUGAAAACCGUGUUUAGAGAGAGAGAGAGAGAGAGAGGGAGUUGGGGUUUUGGGAACCCAAGUUGGUGAGUGAUAUGUUCGUGAGUAAUAUAGGUGAGGGAUAUGUUGUGUUGUAUGUAUUUGUCUUGCCUGUGCACCGAACGGGUAUAAUGCUAGUGUAUUCGUGUAUAGAUGUUGCUGUGUUAGGAUUAUGGAGUUGUAGACGAAUUUACGGAGGAGAAAUGAAAUAUAAGGGAUUUGCCUUCAGAAUUUUUUUUGGUUCUUCUUCUUUUUUUUUUUCUUUUUCCCGUCCAUAUAUAUUCUCAACAGAUCCUUACUCUAAAUAGAAGCUCCGAUUCAAAUAAAAGAAGUUGGGGCCUCCUGGUUAUGUAUGACCAGUAUUUUGAUGCAGAGACAUGAACUUGGACUGAGAUGUGGAUAGCCUCUGUCCAUUGCUAUUUCCCCCCCCCCAUUUUUGUAGAUGAACCAGAAUGACCAAAACCUAACCCAAUUUGGGGCAAUGUGUGUAACAGGUUUUGCAUCACUAUUUUAUCAUUUCUCCUACAGUCCUUUUUUCUUUUAUAACCGGACGUGGCCGGCUUGGUCGACUAAGAUGUUCAAAAUGGUGAGAUGAAACUCGAAUGGCAUUUGGAUUUACUACCUUGUUCUGGUGAAUAUACGCACGACUUGCAUUUGAGGAAUUUCCUUAGGUUGUGUUUGGAUCAAGGAUAUGGGACGCAAUUUGUGAAGAGCUAGCAGAGGGAACAGAAAACGAGAAUUCAAUGUCUUCGAAAAUUCAAUGUGUAUUUCUAUCUUUUCUUUGCACUUGACAAAUUGCUUCACAAAUCCUUGAACCAGAUAUGACCUUAGUGAUAUUGAAAGGAAACAGGAACCACUGUUAUCAAGUGAUGUGCAGUGAUCUUCGGAUAUAUGGUGAUUCCUAUUUGAGUUCCUUAUUUAAUUGUUCUGAACAACCUUAUUUUGUUUUUAGUUUUCUAUUUCUCUGGUAAUUUGAUAAAUGUACACUUGCUGGAGAAUUAAACUGUGAGUAAGUUGGUGCAGCUGUAUGUUUCUUUGGAUUGCUGGUUUUGUGAAUUAGCUGAAACAGACUGAUUUACUUUUUAUUGACAUGGCAUGAAAUUAUCUUACCAGUUCUGGUUGGCUGUAAUAGUGAUCCGCAGUGAAUUUUAUAGUUACGUUGGCAUUUAUGGCUGAUUGCCAAGGUAACUUGGCCUUCCUAUUCUCAUGGCUUCAUUGCACAAUCCAUGCAGGACGUUUCUGUUACUAGGUGGAUGUAGGUUUUCUGAAUACUAUUACAUGUUUUCAGUGCACAAUGUGUGUUGGUUUUGUGCUGUUCUUGCAGGAAGAUAUUUUUUAGGCAUUGAAUAAGCUUUUCUGCAGUGAACAUAUAGCUUUAUCAUUUGAAAUUCUGCCCAAUUUUAGAUUUUAUACGAUCUCAUGAUGGCCAAUGGGUAGUGGAAAGAAAGUAAAAUAUAGCUUGAAUCUUCUCUUGAUACCAUGGUGUUGGAAUUUCUUUUUAACACUUUAAUUCUGUUAAAGCAUAGCAAGUUUUUGAUUAUCUGCAGUUUAAAAUAUGGAAAAUAGACACUGUUGCAAAAAUGAUGACAAUGGCUUGAAAAUUGAGGAUGUUGGCGGCCAAGUUCCCACCACUUUGGAAUCUGCAACAACUAAUUUAUAUGGCUCAAGAAGAGCAACAGGAGAAACACCUUCAGAAACUCUGCUCAUCUCGAGUCCUUCCUGUGGAAAGGGAAAACAUAAGGAGAAGCAAAUGCAAACUCUGGCCAGGAGGACUCUGGAAAGAGUUGGGACAAGGGAGAAUAUUGAGACGGCGAAGAGUGGGAAGCAUUCAAGACUUGAUACCAGAGAAUUGUUCAAAUGCAAGAAGCAGGGCCUGAAGCCUGUGUCUAAAAGUUUUGGAAAGAACAGAUUGGAUGCCCAUUCAUAUAAACAACUUCUCAGAUCAAGGGCACUGAGGGGUAAGGUGACGGAGCUUUUGCUUCAAAGGAGAGAUAAAAUGUCUGGAGAAGGUGGUGAGUUUAUUGUAACUAAUGGUUCCCCUGAAGUUGAUAAGGGGGUGGCUGAGACCCGUCCUUCAAAUUUGAAAAUGCAAAGGUUAACUGUGAAACCAGGCCGUGAUUUUAGUACUGUCACUCUUUCAAAGGAUGGAAUGGGCUUUGAGGCUGGGCUCAGCUUGGAAUGUAGGGAAGAAAAGAAUGGUGAUGUCCAAUCAACAGAGUCUCAACCUGAAAUUGAUAGAUGUAUUAUCUGCAUGCUUGGUGGAAAGCUACUGUGCUGUGAUGGACGCGAGUGCAAAAAGAGCUUCCAUCUCUCUUGUCUUGAUCCUCCUUUCACCCAUGCCCCUCCUGGAGUUUGGCAUUGCAGUUGGUGUGUUCAAAAGAAGUUACAAUCCGGUGUGCAUGCUGUGUCUGAAGGAGUAGAGUCCGUAGUGGAAGAUAGAGAGGUGGAGUCAGAUCAUGAAAUGCAGAGGCAGAAGGAAUUCUUGGUUAAGUACAAAGGUCUUGCUCAUGUGCACAACCGUUGGAUACCAGAAGAAAAGAUAAAAGUGGAAAAUCCAGAGCUUCUUGCAAAAUAUAGUCUUGCAAAAUAUAAGAGAUACCAGAGAUGGAAAACUGAGUGGACGUUACCAGAUCGUUUACUACAGAAAAGGUGGUUGUGUUUACCUAAACAAUGCAACAAGGAUUGGGAGGACCUUACCAGUUCGUUUACUACAGAGUGGCUCGUGAAAUGGACUGGUCUUGGUUAUGAUCAUGCAACGUGGGAGUUAGAGAAUAGUUCCUUUAUGAAGUCACCUGAAGCUGUGAAGCUCAUUGGAGAAUUUGAAGGUCGGCAUAAGGGUGAAAAGAGAAUCUCGUGUCCUUUUGAAGGAGAUAAGGGAGGGGAAGUUACAUUAUCUGGAGGCUCACCAGGGGUACAACAUGAACCUAGUAGUAACAUCAACAAGCUUCGUGAAUUUUGGCUAAGAGGGCGGAAUGCUCUUGUAUACGAUGAUCAGGAGCGCAUUGUAAAUGUGAUCUUGUUCAUCUUAUCCUUGCAGGAUAAUACUCUGCCUUUUCUAAUCAUCACCACAUCCUCUUCUCUUUCCACAUGGGAAGCUGAGUUCUCACAGCACAAAUCAGAUAUUAAUUUUGUUGUCUAUAAAGGGAACAAAGAUGUACGAGCUAGUAUCAGGUCUCUGGAGUUCUACAAUGAAGAUGGUUGCCUAAUGUUUCAAGUACUAUUAUCACCUAUUGAUGCUGUUCUUGAGGAUUCAAGGAUAUUAGAUGGCAUUAAAUGGGGGGCACUCAUUGUAGAUGAGUACCAACGAAGUUGUAUGUCUAGCCAUCAUGAACGAAUAAAGGAACUAAAUGCACAUAUGAAGCUACUUCUUGUCAACAAUAGAAUCAAGAAUAUGAGAUAUGAGUACCUUCAUCUGCUUUCCAUCCUUGAUUCGGGACGGGAUGGGGUUGAAGAAAAAGCUUCUGAGAAUGACUCUAAGAAUGAUAUUUGCAAGCUGAAAGCGAAAUUGGCUUCUUUUGUUGCGUUUGAAAGCAAGCCUCGUACUUCAAGGUUUGUUGAAUAUUGGGUUCCCGUCCAGCUUUCAAAUGUACAACUUGAGCAGUAUUGUGCUACAUUGCUGUCAAGUGCAACGCUGCUUUGCUCGCAUUUGAGGAAUGAUUUGGUCGAUUCCCUUCGCAAAAUUCUUAUUAUGACAAGAAAGUGCUGUGACCACCCCUAUCUUGUGGAUACGGAGCGUUCUUUGCGAGCAUCUAUUAUCAGAGAUUUUCCCGUGAGUGAGCAUUUAGGUGCUGAGAUAGAAAUGAGUGGAAAACUGCAACUUCUUGACAAGUUCCUUUUCAAGAUUAAAGAACGAGGUUUAAGGGUGCUGAUUCUUUUUCAGUCGAUUGGUGGUUCUGGAGUGAUAUCUACUGGAGACAUUUUGGAUGACUUUGUUCAUGAAAGAUUUGGCAAAGAUUCUUAUGCACACAUUGAUAGUGGAAAAAUCGCCCAUUCGAAGAAGCAAGCCACCCUGGAUUGUUUCAACAAUAAAGAGAGCAACAAGUUUGUGUUUUUAAUAGAAAGUCGGGCUUGUCUUCACAGCAUUAAGCUUUCUUCUAUAGAUCUAGUUGUCCUAUUUAACAGUGAUUGGGACCCACUGAAUGAUCUAAGAGCCCUCGAGAAGAUCACUAUUGAGUCGCAGUUUGAGGAGUUGAAAGUAUUCCGUUUGUAUUCGUCUCAUACUGUGGAGGAGAAAGUACUCAUUCUUGCCAAGGAAGGUCUCCCUCUUGAUAGCAAAAUUGAGAAUAUAAUCCGGAGUACUUGUCACAUGUUGCUAACUUGGGGUGCUCUACAUCUAUUUAAUAAGCUUGAUGACUUCCAUGGUGGCCAUAGCUCCUUAGUUUCACAUUUGAAUCUCACUUUUGAAGAGUUUUUGACAACCGAUGUGGUCACUGAGUUUUCAGCUUUGUUACCCAAUGACGGUGAGAAGAGGAAUCCUAAUAACUCGAUCAUUUUAGAGGUGAAUCGGACUGAAGGAGCUUAUCCCAGAAAUAUUUCAUUACCUGGAGAACUGGAUUUGGAAACUCAGUCAGUGGACAAUAUUUCAACGAUACAGCGAUUGUUGCACAACGAACCAACCCACGUCUUUUGGGAAAAUUUACUUGAUGGAAGGAAUCCCAGGUGGAAAUUUUUGUCUGGUUCAUCUCCAAAGAUCAGUCGACGAACCCAGGACUUGGUUGGCUCGCCAGAAGAACCUACAUGUAUGGAAGAUGGUGGAGGAAGGAAACGUAGGACGGUGGUCCAUAACACUUUUGAGCUUAUGUGUUCAAGUUCAUCUCCAAAGAUCGGUCAACGAACCCAGAACUUGGUUGGCUCGCCGGAAGAACCUACAUGUAUGGAAGAUGGUGUAGGAAGGAAACGUAGGACGGUGGUCCAUAACACGUUUGAGCUUAUGUGUUCAAAACCAAGGACGAAGAGGAACAGGAAACUGCAUUCUUGGGGCAAAGACAUCAACCUGGCUACUCAAUGUGUCUCAAGAGGAAGUAAUGGAACAAAUGCCUUAACCUUAGACCAAGAAGCCAGGCAGCGGUAUAGAGAAGUUAAUUCCAUCAUUGGAGAGGCGCCUACUUUGGAAUUUAGGAAACAACCUCAGCUACAUGUCUCUACUGAUGUUCCAUCGGAUGAAUGUGGCAUAACUAUAACCAAUGUGACUGCUUCCAUCUUGGUUCAAAACCAUCGGAGCCGUCAAUGUCAUCCCUCAGCACGACAGGCACAAGCACCAAUACCUCCAGCAAGAGUGGAUUCAACAGGAUUGCCAAAUUCAUUUCUUUGGCAACCUUUCACAGUUGGGUCUUUACAGCCGUCCAUAGGAGCAAUUGAAACAGGUGAGUCGAUUCAAAGCAUGGCCACUGUUCCAAAUGGAAACAACUCUCUGCAAGCUUCCCAUGUGCCUCAGCCAGAUCUGCUCCAAAUGGAAAUUGAAAGGAUACAGAAGGCUGAGGAGCAAGCUCUGAAGAUCCAUGAAGACACGAAAUUGCAGCUCAAAGUGGAAUGUGAAAAGGAGAUAGAUGAGAUACGUAAGAAGUAUGACAGGUUGCUUCAGCAUGAUGUGAUGGUUUUGUUGCAAAAGAAAAAGGAUUUUGAGACCCAUUACAACAAAAUUUAUGUGAAUAAGUUACUGGCCGAGACUUACGCACUAACCUAUGAGGGUGACAAGGCUGGGUUGCUCGGAACAGAACAAGCAAAUGUACCUGAGUUCAUGGAUGCGAUAUCUGAAUUCUAUCUUCAGCAAUCUGCUGUGAGGAAUAGUACGACAACUCUCGAAAAAUCUUCCAGCCCUUUGAUCCAUCGGAGGGGGAGCUAUGGUGGUGGAUGUGAACUUCGAGCCCCAGCUCCACACCUACAGCACUUGAGACCACCUUCCACAGAAGUGGGGCUGCCCCACCGCCUCCCAUCCCAUGCUCCCACAAAGUUGCCGAUUCACCGAGCUCCCAGUAAUUUGUCUGUACCGUCUUGUGGACUGGCUCAAGUAACUGAACCCGUCAAAAGCCAAUGGCGGAGUAGUGGGAUUAAUCAACCAGACAUCAUUACAGGGUUACCGGUUAUUGAUGGUUUUCUGCCCAUGGGCACCGAACUUCUGAGACAGUUCAUAACUCCUCUCAAAUUUACUUCUGCUUGAGUUACCAUCAAACUCAAUUAUUCUUUCCUGUCCCAAGGACUUGAUCAGGGAAAAGUCGGGUUUCUUCCGGGUGAUUAUGUGGAGAGAUGAACGCGGUUGGGGUGUUUAAAAGUUUGAAGACAGUUUUGUUCCAUUAGUCGUAGGGGACUCUCAGUUCUUCUGUAGAGGUUGAGCAAAGGAAAUGUACAGCCAUAGAUAGACAGAUAGCACACAUGUUCGAGGCAUCAUCUUCAGUUAGUUAUCACAGAAAAUGGUACAGCCGUUGUCACAAAAUAGGAAAAAUUCUCUCUUGUACUUCCAUCUGAUUUCGUGCACAAAUUACGGAGUAUUGCAUAUUAUACAGAUAUUUCAAGCAAUCAAAUUUUACAUGUUCUUGCACUGCUCCUUUGAAGUUUUCACGUUCGUUACGAGUCAAAUUUGCAAGGGCCAAGGUUUUGAUUGCAUAAAUUCUUGCAUAACAAAAAAUAAAAACCUAAUCACCAAUCCGAAUACAACGAGAGAAACUACAUUUCCGAGGAUUUAUAAGCACAAAACAAUAACACAAACCCUAGUAGUUCAUAAGCUCCAUGCCAAUUAAGGCACCACUGAAGCAAAAGAUCCUUUGCCAGCAGCCAGAAAACAUCAAUUUUAUGCACCUUCUUUGGCAAACAUAGUGCUGCAAAACUUAUCUUUCUAGAGGAAACUAAUUUGUACAGAGCAGAAAUAUUAACCAUGCCCUCUGCAAACAGUUAAGAGGCAAUCCCCAAGAGUUAAUAUAGACAAAGUAACGAGUAAAAAUAAAAUAUGAUACUUUUAUUCCAUCCGACAAAAUAAGAAUACGAAAGCAUAUAAGGUACUUUAUACGAGGAACAAAGUUUUCUUCUCCGCCGUUGAGCUAUUCAUGCCGGUUUAUCUUCUUAAAAAUCAUCACGGUGAUGUAGUCAUAUCCCCUCACAACUACAAAAAAAAAUUAAAAGCACAUAUCACAAGGAACUACUUGCAGUCCACUCGUCCAGCCCUUGCCAAAAUGUAUAUAAACCUAUAAAGAAGCACCUUUAGAGAUGAUCAAUAAUUGCUUUCGUAAAAUCAGUGGUCGAUGAAGAGCCACCUAGGUCAGCAGUUCGGUACUUCCCCUCGGAAAUGGUGUUAAGAAUAGCAUCCUGGAUCCGGUCAGCUUUAUCAUGCAGCUCAAGAUGGCGAAGCAUUGUGACCGAACUCAGUAGUAGAGCUGUCGGGUUUGCCAAAUUCU